GCAGAGCUAUUAAUGUUUUUCUUUUUUAAAAAAGCUAAACAAAUAAUGGGCCUUCCAUCUUAUAAAAAUGUCCCUUUUACGAGUGCGUGUUUUUCCCAGUUAAUGGUUAUUUUAGUGGAGGCUGCCCUGUUCUUUCCAUCUGAUCUCUAUGCACACACCUCUGAAUGUUUCCAUUUCAGAAGGGAGGAGGACACCGGUGCCAAUAGACUAACUUCAAAAGCUGCUACUCAGAAAAGUGUCACAGUUCUGAGGUGCUAGGAAUGAGCAAGAAAAAACCAAAACCACCACCAACACCCCUUAAACUUUUACUGCCAUGCAAAGAUAACAGAAAAACUCGCUAUUUGUGGGGCAGCAAGCAUCCUUGUCAUGCUAAAAUAGUGGAACUGAAUGGUCUUUCCAUCCUCUAAAAAGAUUUGAAGAUAUUUAGGAGCACCUAAUAGUUUUUAAAGAAAGUAUGAUGCUUUAUCUAUUGAAUGCUGCAGUUGUGGUGUCAUGCUGUGACUUCAAAUGGGACUUCUGGGUGCUGCUUAGCUGCAGGAUGCAGGGGUUCUUUUUCUCCAUAUGGUAUCAUAUUGCCAGUGGUUUUCAUACUGCAGACCCAAGAGGUACCCAGUAGUUGUGCUUGCCCUCAUCCCUAGCGCCCAAUUCCAGCCGUCCUGGUGGAGCCAAGUUUGAAGUAGGCAAUGUUUUUCUGUCCAAGCCUCCUAAGAGCCGAUUGAGAGGGAAGGGGAAUGCCUUUUUUUUUUUUUUUUUCUCCAGGAGCAGCUGAAUGCAAUGCCCCAGUUACCAUGUUUUUUUAAUGGAGUACUUAAGAGGAUGUACAAAAGCAUCUUGAGCACUUUCAGUACAAGGAGAACGAAAGGACCUAGAUUAUGUUGGCACUGCAGCAGAGGCUUAAAUGAGUGUCAUUGAUUCAUUGUUAGGAGAUGACCCAAUUUGGACUGUAUUUAUGGGGAGUAGGAGGGGAGAAUGGACCUGUUUCAGAUGACUUCUGAGCCUUAAAUGUACUUACAGGCUUUGUGUAGGGAUUGCACUGGCUCCCGCUGGGUAAACAGAGCCCUUUGGAGGGUGUUCCGCAUGUACUGGCAUGGUGAUGCAUCCUGCUCUUCCUGGCUAGACACGUGCUGCCAAAAUGGGUUGAUUCAUGCGGCGUCUCUCUGCAUGGCGUUGUAUUGGCUGUGGAAAAAAUGAGUUGUCAGGCAGAGCCUGCCCAGCUGACUUAUAUUUAUUUUGGUGCAUUUUAUUGCAAGGCUUUUAAAGUCUCCAGUUACUAUAUAAUUCAUAGACUGGUUCCAGCCAAGCGGAUCUUUAGCUGAAGGCUGUGACCCUGCAAAGGACUGGUGAAGGUAACAGGUCGUUAAGUUUGCACACAGUGGGAUGCUUCUCUUUCUCCCCUCCCCUCUCCCCUUGUGUAAAGUGUCAGACCAUUUGUUUUAAGCACCACCUGUGUCACAGUCCCCUGUCCCCUUCGUGUCUCCUGGGUGGGAUGGCAAUGAAGAACUUCCUUUUCAUCUUAGAGGGCUCCGAAAGUUGGGUAUUAGGGUCUACUGCCACUGUCUGGAUCUCCUUCUGGAAGUGUCCUACCUGUCUAUUUUAAACAGCUCUGGUCCUGCAUCUGAAGAUCUUGUGAAGGAUGUAAUUUCUCAGAUUAUCUUUUUUUUUUUUGCUCCUUGCAAGGGUUCUUGUAGUAAUUACAUCAAGCUCAACCCAGAUGAUGCAAACUGCUUUGAGAAGUGUGCAAAGCAGAAGCUGCUGUGGGCUUAAACCCAUCUGCAAAUUUGGGAAGGGAAUGAAGAAGCUUCUGACAUGAAGAAAGAUAUAGAGUCUUUAAUAGCCCAGGAAAAAGCAGAGAUCGUUGCCAAGUAUGAGAAGGGCAGGCAGGAGGGAGCUCAGAUUGACCUGUGGGAAGAUGCUGAUUUUACGCUGUAUAAGGUUACAGACCGGUUUGGAUUCCUGCACGAGCAGGAGCUGCCAACCUGCACCGCCUUGGAAGAGAAGCAAAAACAGCAGGAAAUUGAACGUGUGGACAAGUGGCUAAAGAUGCUGAAGAAAUGGAGCAAAUACAGAAACAGUGACAAGAUGUGCCGGCGAGUGUACAAAGGGAUCCCACUUCAGGUGCGAGGCCAGGUCUGGUCACUUCUGCUGGAUGUUGAGAAGAUGAAGAAGGAGAAUGAAGGAAAAUACGAGCAAAUGAAAGAACAAGCAAAGAGCUUUUCCUCGGAAAUCAAGCAGAUAGAUUUGGACGUUAACCGCACCUUUCGAAACCAUAUCAUGUUUCGGGAUCGCUAUGGAGUGAAGCAACAGGCACUCUUCCAUGUCCUAUCAGCAUAUUCAGUCUAUAACACCGAAGUGAGCUACUGCCAAGGGAUGAGCCAGAUCGCAGCCAUUCUCCUGAUGUACUUAAACGAAGAGGAUGCAUUUUGGGCACUGGCGCAGCUGCUGACCAAUCAGCGUCACGCCAUGCAUGGUUUUUUCAUUCCUGGGUUCCCGAAGCUGCAGAGAUUCCAAGCUCACCAUGAGCAGAUUUUAAGCAAGAUGGUUCCCAAACUGAAGAAGCACAUGGACAAGGAGCAGAUGACUACGGGGAUUUACACGACCAAGUGGUUCCUGCAGUGUUUCAUCGACCGGACCCCGUUCACCCUCACCUUGCGGCUGUGGGAUAUCUACAUCCUGGAAGGAGAGCGGGUGCUGACGGCCAUGGCUUACACCAUACUCAAACUGCACAAAAAACGCUUGCUGAAGAUGACGCUGGAAGAUUUACGGGAGUUUCUGCAGGAGAAAAUCGCCGCUUCCCUGCAGUACGAGGAUGAUGCCGUCAUCGAGCAACUGCAGGUGUCGAUGACUGAACUGCGGAAGAUGAAAUGUGACCUCCCCCCGCCAGCAAAGCCUGAGGAGUUCCCACGGAAACCCCUGGGCCUAGAGCUCUCCCUCAACCCAGUACCCAUGAAGGGCAACGUGGCAGCCAAUGGCCAGAAUGGCCGGAUGGGUGAGCACCCCCCGGACAGGGAACCCCAUCCCAACAGAGGUCCCGAGGCUCCAGGAGAGAUGGUGGCAGAGGUGAGGACUGCCGCCGUCCAAGGCAGUGAAGCAGCUAAAGUGACAGACAUCCACUUGCAUCCUUCUGGCGGGGGGUCACUUGGAGAGGAGGGUCAGGUGGAGCCCACCGGGGACAGACAGCCACCAUCUCUUUUGAAGGCAAGUGAGAUGCAGGCCCAUCAUCACCUCUUGCCCACGGCUCUGCCUCUGGAGCAGGCUCCUCUCACUCCUGUCUGUGCCACGGUGGACCACGAGUCUGUCUCCCUCCCCGCCCCUGCUGAGCUUGGCUCCUCAGACUCCUCUCUCCAAAACACAUCGAGUCCUCCUGACUCGAGCACGACGGAGUUUUCUGCUACGGACCAUGCUGUAUGGCAGCCAAAUCCUGCUGCCCUGCCGGUGGGAGAACAAGCAUCUUCCUUCUGCAAAGAGAAAGUGCUCGAGGCACCCCCUCAUCCUCUGCUGGAUGGCUUGCAGCAUCUCUCCAGUGAGUCUCAGCAUGACAGCUCCCCUGAAAGCAAGCGCCAGGAGGAGACAGCCGAGAAGCGCUGCAGAGCAGCACCGCCAGACAAAACGGACUUGAAGCACUUGGCAUCCAAAGCUGCAUCCAUGGGGGAGCUCACCAGCCUGCAGCAGAACGGGCCAGGGAGCACCACCACGCACUGGCCACAGGGGCUGGCGGGCGGCAGCGUGCCCAUCCUAUCCAGCAUCGAGGUGGAGGCAGCAGGGCUGGGUGAGGGUUACCCCUUGCAGCGGGCGCAGUCCCCCGUGGUGGAGGGGAACAGCCCCUACACCGUUAUCAAAACCACCACUCCCCUCCACCUGGCCCAUGCGACAGAGCAGGAUGUAGCGAACAGGAAGCAGGUGGCAUUGCCACUGCCCGAGACUGGAUGUCCCCUGCCUGCCACCUCCAUGCCACCAUCUCUUGUGCUCGACCCGGAGGAGGUAGAUGCCCAAAAAAGCUUCCAGAAACCAUUAAAUGCACUCAAAGCCCCACGACCCCCUCUAAGCCCCAAACCAAAAUCACUGCCACAGGUUGCCAAAUCCCACUCGGAGAACAAUUUCCUUUCAGUCUCUCCUUCCCUGGCGAAGCUGCCCAAAUCGGUGACGUUUUAGUGGGAAUGGGAGGAAGCAAGGGAGAAGAAGUGGGUGCUGGAGCAGCACCCUCUCCCCGUUUUCAGAACCCCCCUUCAGCAGGGCUGUGUCAGGGUGACAGCACAGCAGCCAUCUCCUGUUGAGCUGUGCUUUGGUACGAGCGCCUGGUGAGAAGAUGGAGCAGUGGCCGCCAGCGCCAGGAGGCACCAGCAAACUGGGUUUGCGUCUUUCCCAUGGACAGACUAGACAGCGCUUUCAUUUUGUGUUCCUCGAAGCUCCUCAAGCCUCAUUGUGUGUGUGGGAGAGAGGCAGGGCUGGUGAAUGUGUUCUGUGUUCCCUUCUGCUCCUGCCUGCCACAGGUACCCAUGGCAUGGAAGCGGAUACAAGGCAUAGGGGUGCAGAAUGCUUCCUUUAAAAAGCCCAAUCAGUGCAGCCAAGAGCGUUGCUUUCAAAGGCCUUUAUAGCAAUAGAUCUUUGCUUCUUUCCCCAGACCUGCAGUUGUAGGCAGCAGCAUUUUCAGGCAGGGCUGUGGCAUCCUGGCAGGACACAGGCACCCCACUGCCUACUCUAUGCAAUUCCACAGCCCAGCUGUAACUGGCCUCUGCUGCAGUGGUGGAUGGUGUCCUGGAGGGGAGGUUUAACAGCAGGUAAGUCCCUGGGCAGUAUCCUUGAUGUGACCCCGGUGGAGGACUGCCAGCAGGACGACUCUUUCCUAAGUUCUCAAGGUGACAAGAACAGUGAAGUUUGAGCCUGGUCUCUUGGGCUGAAUGGCCUUUCUGCUGGCCUUUCCUGCUCAGGUCCAGAGGCAGGGAGCAGGCUUGAGGAAAAGGGGCUACUGCCUCAGGAAACCUCCUGCCUUCAUUAGCAAGCUGCUGGAGGUGUGGUGGUGUCUAAUCACAGUGCUCAAAAUGAAGUCUGCUUUUACUUUUACUUAGAGUAACUUAAGAGUCAGGGUGGAAACAGAAUAGGCGCUGGGGAGGGAAAACACAUUGCCCACAACCUGAUCUCAGCAUUUCUAGUUUAGCCCACCCAGAAAUUAACUACCAAGGAAGGAAAUCUGGGCACAGAGGUUUGGAAGAUGAUGCUGUAGAGCAUCAACAUCUCCACAGCCUACUGCUGAGGAGAUAACAGGAUGGGUGCCCCCCCAUUGUCCUUCAUGUACCAAGUGCUAGUGACCUGUCCAUCUCCUCCCCAUCCCAGUGUGUUGCUGCUGCACAGCCCAAACCAUUGGCUGGAGGUGUGCAGGGACCUGGGGAAAGCUCACCCCACUGAAAGAGCUGCUCCAAAUUCCUGUUCCCAGUAUCUACUUAAGGAAGAUUGAUGGAAGCAGCAGGAAAUAAACUAGUCCAGGUAUGCAGUAUUUGACUCUGCUGUCCAGAAGGGGUGGCUGCAGAUGUCUCCUUAGGUGGGACUGCAGGUGUGAUUCCCAUCCAUACAAUGGAGAUCCUGGGCUCCUCUAAGUUCUAAGGAGACUUUGAAAACUCUUUUUAUCUCACAGGCUGCUUCAGUAACAUAACCUGACCUGCAGCCUAACUGGAAGCCCAGCAGAAAACUUCCACUAAAUUACUUUGCGGGGUUUAUGAGUUUAGGGGGCUUUUUUUGUUAGGAGCAGGGGGAGCAUUGAAGGGAGCACCCUAUCUUUGGCUGUAGCCAGCCAGACACAGCACCCUCACCUUCUGUUGCAACCUCUGCUCUGUCAGAGACCCCAUCAUCUUGCCCUCUUCAAAGCAGGGAUAACCCUAUUAGCUACCUCACAGGAGAGUUGUGAGGAGUUGGGAGUUGCUCUUUGAGGAGAAGUGCUUAUGAAUGUUCAACAUUUGUGUUUUGAGACACCAUGUGUCCUUUCUAGGACAACGGUGCUUGAACUGGUUUUAAUUUAGAGUACGUUUUUCAGUAACCAUGCAGUAGUUAAACCCAUUUGUGUGUUAAAAUACCUGAGCAGUAUUUCAAGACAGGUAUCAGUUGCCCUUUGCUAGCAAAGGUUGCUGGAGCUUGUUGGGAAGCAACAAGAAGCAUCUGAGGGUGGAUGGUCAGCUCUUGGCUUGGUUUCUGUAGCUUCUGGGGGGCGGGUUCUGGCCUCUUCCUGAAGCACACAUAGGACUCCUGCUUAAGAUAUCUGAGCAUUUGGCUCAUGUGCAAGAGCCGAGACUUCUUCCCCUCAUUUUGACUUAUUCCCCCUCAUUUUGGGCACACAGCCUUUGCACAGUGUUGCACAUGCACCUGGGCUCCUAUACCCAAUGCAUGUCUGGGAUGUUUUGCAGUAUUCACAUUUAAAAAGGUGGUUUGUUCUAGUUUUGGAGAGCUGUCAAAUGCACAGUACCCAUAGCAUGGUGUUCAACAAGAGCUUGAGAGGGUUCCUCCCCUCCAAACCCUGAUGGGAAUGAGCAGCAAGUCCUUGCUCACCUCCAAGCCUGAGGGAAGGCACCAGGUGGUUGCAGCAACCUCUGGACCAGGCAGCUACAGGCUCCUCCUUCCCACUAUACUGUGCUGCUUUCUCGGAAGGUCUCUCAGCUCUUCAGUGUGCCACAUAAGAAGCUCUUCUCCAGCCUGCAGCCCCUGAAAGGGGCUUCUUCCCAGGUUUGGGAGGAGUUCCUGGGAGCCAGCAACAUGCAUUAUUUUCCUCGGAGUGGUGCUCUCACUUCAGCACAUCAGAGCAUACUUGACAGGAGAUCCUGGCUCCUCUGCCUCUUGCUGCAGAUGAAGGUGCAACCAUGGGCACGUCUGUGGCAGCAUGGGUGGGCAGGACAUGAUCCAUCCUCAGCACUUUUGCUAGGGAUAGGAAGGGAAGAAGGGCAAGGAUGGCAGCUCAGCAUGGCCCAAGCCACUUGCACCCCGGCCUCCAUCUCCUACAGCAGCUCAGCUCCUUAGCAAAAGCCUCUCUUACCAUGAGCAAAACUCAGGAAAGCAGCUCCCCCGCUCUCCCCAUCCUUGCCCUCCAGCCCUGGGAUGACUCUCACCUCGCUGCCCUCCAUGUAGUUUUAAAGACCAAUGUUGUGGGUUUGGGGUUUGGUCUUGUUUGUUUUGGAGUUUUUUUUGUAACUGAGCACUUUGAGUGGCUGCGGCACCAGAGGGCAGCAGGAGCCACGGGCACUGGUGCUGGGGACCAGCUCCAGCACAGGAUGGUGGUUGAGGUCAGGUCUUUUGGCCAUGGACUUGAAGAGCCUGGCUACCAUUUGCUUUUCUUUUUAAUUGCUAUAUUUUUGUUUACAGCGUGGAACACUUCCUCCAUGACUCUUUCUAAUGUAUUAUAAUUAUUACUUAAAAAAAACAAAACAUUUUUUCUUUUGUUAUUUUUUGGUGGGUUUCUUUUGGAAGGAAGCUUUUUUGGGGGGGGGUGGGGGGGAAGCCAAUCAUUCCUUUUUACACUGAUCCACAUAGACUGUCCAGAGUAUUCGAUGCUGUGUUUUACAUGGUUGUAAUUAUAACAGUUAAAGAAGUUUAGCAUAAAAUCAGACUGCACGAGGUUUCUUGCGACGACAGAUGCUACAGAAGACGGGUUGCCUUCUCCUGCUGGCUUUUGGCUUGGUUCACCAGGUGUGCUUCUGCUGCGGUGGGUCCAACCCACUCCAUCUCUGCCUUCCAGCCUGGCUUUUUUAACGAGGUUCAAUCCAGGCAUCCUCAGCAGCAGUGGAAAGAAACCUGCUCCUUCCUCCACCCCGCUGGCCCCUCCUGGCUCACUGAGCCAAGAGCAGCAUCCUGCCUCUACCCCCUGCACACCCCUGCCACCACAAGGCCGGUGGCCAGCAGCCCUGCUGCAGCUCUCUCGUUUGGAUGAGAUUUUGGGUUUGGAGUUUGUUUUCCUGCCUGCAGGCAGCGCUGGAGGGUGGGAUGGGACAGGGAGCCAGUGGACACAGCUCCUUGCAAGGCAGGUGGGUGCAACUCCAGCAGCACGAUGUGAGUCAGGACUGAGUCAUGCUUCCACCAGUUACUGGGACCAUAAGGUGGUGCUGCUCACAGCUGAAAAUGGAUUUUAACAAGCUGUGUGAGCAGUACCUCUGACACAUCCCAAGUUUCACGGCCAGUGCUUCCUGUGCUUGGAAAACCAUGGUACUGUUGUGUUUUUGGGGUGUUAAAUUUCAGCAGUAUUCUGAUUUCCCCUAAGAGAAAGGUGCCAUUUGGUACUUAAACAGCAUGGUUACAGUAAACACAGGGUCAUUUUUCUCUAGCAGAGGGCAGAAAGACUGACAGCAAAAUGGAUGGGCCACAAUUAGCUAAAUACCACCCUAGGACCGAAGGGCAGUGCAGGAAAUGGGGCAUCCCUAUGCAUCACCCUAUCAAGACCAUCAAAUAAUUACUGCUUCUAGGGGACCAAGAGCAGGACAGCUGUGUAGUUCCAAGCCCAAGUUUACCAAUACCCACUUGCUGUACAGCACUGGGACCAGUGGCAAAUGAACACUGUAGAAGCUGCUUAAAUCCAAAUGGCCUUUUCAGCAGGGUCAUCCUGCUGCCUCUGUCUGUGCUUAGCAUUUACCAGUACUCCCAUUAAACCCUCCCUUUACCUGUUGGAACCAUUGCUCGUCAUGGCUUUCUGACACCUCCUAACACCAGCUCUCUGCCUCCCGGGGCUGGUCCCUGCACAGAAACCACUCCAACACAGACCCACAAGCACCACAAGCUGCGCUCACCUCUGCUGCCCUGGCGGCCUGCUGUGGCUCCUGUCCUUCCUGGCUCCUGAACAGCCAAACCAGCAGUGCCAGCAGCUGGGGCAGGCAGGCCACGUCUCAUCCUGUCGCUCGCUGGCUCUCUUCCGAGCCACGGCUGCGCUCCUCAUCCUCCUCCCUGCCCACCACCCACAACCCUGCUGCGUGCCUCCGCAAUACAUCAGCAAGUCAGCACUGAAUAAUUGAUGCUAAGUGGAGCCUGGAGCAAAGCCAAGCCAAGGGAGGGAGCAAGGCUGAGAUGCAGCAGGGGAGAGAGAUGGGUGAGCUGUGUCUGGCAGCCUUGCACGCCGGCCUGUUUGGCAGAGGCAGUACUGGAGAGUUUGGCUGGGCCUGGGAGUAUUCCUCCUCUUUGGCUUGCUGUGCUGCUGUGGUAGUUGCGUGAUGCUCACGUGCUGCUGCGCUCACAUGUUCCUGUGUUGCUGGAGUGCUGCAGAGGGGCUGUGGCAUGGUGGCUGGGAGUUGGGAAGCAGAGCGAGGGCACACACAGUGCAGGGCGUGUAGCCCAAGCCCCAGCAGCCUUGGCUGGGGCCAGUACCUUGGCUCUUCUAAACCACAGACCCUGUACUCAACCCACAAGGCUCAUCUGCUCUAAAGGGAACAAAGCUGCACAUGGAGCCAGCCGCAUCUGCAUGACCCAGCUCCCACCAGUUGCUGGUAGCCAGGAUGUUUGAUGUCACACUGUCCUCUGAGAAAUGCCACCCCUUUCCUACAGCACAUCAUUGGGUAUAAACCAGCACAUGGAGAAAAUAGCCCAUCUCCCAAAUCCUACAUACCCCAGCAGCUGAGGAAGCCCACAGGGCACACACCAGCAUCCUCCUGGUAGCGAGGCAAUGAUGCUCACCUGACAGGACACAGGCACCACGACAGCACAGGAGAUAAGCAAACCAGAGCUGAAACAGCCAUCAUCUCACUGGGAGACACAGCAGCUGAUCCCACCCCAUGAGCAUCCCUGCUCACUGGCAGCAGUUACAAAAGAGCCCAAGAUGAGGUUGGCGAUAGCUUUGAAGGCACACACAAAGAAAUGAGUCCGAAGGAGUGGAGUCACCCUAUUCUUUCACACAGUAAAACAGGUUCUUCCUAAGACACACAGAAAAGUGAACUGUAAGAAACUUCCAUCCUUGCUCCAAAACUGGUAUGAGGUCUCUAACGGUACCUGCAGAUAGAUGGGGUGCAAAUCCUCAUCUGCCCUGUGCACGGUUGGCUUUGUUGGAGACAAGGAGAAAUGAUACAGAAGAACCACUGGGGCUGGAAAGGUCUGCAGUAAUAGACUGUAGUCCAGAAGGGAAAUCUGGUCUGCUCCUCCUCACGCAACCACGUUGCAAGUGAGGAGGAUGAGGCCAGCAUUUAGUCAGGGCUGCUCCAUAAAACUCAAGACAUUCAUUCCGCUACCCCCUCCUUGCCUCUCAGGUCUCCCUCCAGCAGUGAGUCACGCUGCCAGCUCCUGCAAACUCAACCCAGAUGCUUGCCAAAGCCUUCCGCAAGCACCAUGCACUCAUGUGUUUUGGAGUCACCAUCUCUGCUGGCUUAGGAAUAGGCUUCUGUGGAAGCCCUCGCAGACCAAAAGGCAAAAGAUCUGUUCCAGCACUUAAUCAGCAUCUUUAAGGACUUGUAAGCGAUUUUGUCAGUUAACUUGGCUGUGAUGUCUCUGGAGCCCCAACUCUUCUGUAAUAGGCUGUGGGGCACUUGAAUUAUGUGGGAAAGAAAAGCUUAUACAUCAGUCCUGAGACAUCUGGACCCAACCCGACCAGACCUCCUCAGCUAUUCCGUCAUUUAAGUACAGGUUCAAAGGUGGCACUCCUCCAUCACAGGAGAUGCAGCCUCAACAGAUAAUCAGUAUGAUGCUGCCUGAAGCCUUCUCAGAGAUGGUGUUCGCACUUGCCCGAGGUCCACGGCACAGCACCAAGUUUAAGCCAGCCUUGCCAUGACCAGCUGAAGAGAUCACAGCAGCCAAACAUGAGCCGAUGUGCCCAAAUGUAGCAAAAAGCUUACCUCUGUGGACUUCUGCAGCUUCCAGCUAUGCAACUGGAAUGGCUCUUCAGAAUAACUGCACAUUCUGCUUAAAGGUCAUGCCACAGGAGCAGAACUGAGAUGGGCAAUGAACUCCUUGUCAUAAGGGAAACGACUGCAGUAUCUGAAAACUGCAUGUUCCAAUCCAGGUACUUCUAGAACAAAUGCACCUUAAGUAACUACGGGGAAAAUCAACUAAGUUGACUCCAAACCCAGCAAUUCCUUCUCCAGACCUAGAUUCACUCUAGUGAAAAUGUAACCCUGAUACUUCUUUCAGACUCAAGUUUAGAUAGCAAGCAGAGAACACGUCGUGAACUCAUGUACUGACCUCCUGCCUGUCAUGACCAGCAAGCUGCUAACCUGUACCCGCACUACCAGCACAAGGUCAGCAAGUGAAACACCAAGUCCAAAGUAACAGCUCCACCUAAGUGACGUGAUACGAUCUGUUUUUUGUCUACCCCAAAGAUCCGAUCAGAGCUGACAUAUCUUACUGCACAUUGAAGAUCUGUCGUGAUUCUCCUGAAGCCAACCUCCUGGAACAAAGAUGCAGUACUAUAUUAAUACAUGAUUAAUACAUAAUUUCAGGGGAAGAGGUGUGGUGUCAAGCUUUUAGCACCUCCUUUUGCUCCCAGCCUACCUCCAACUUUCAGUAUGGACUUGAACACUGACCUGAGAGUCUGAGUUUCUUGUGAUCUAAUUACAGCAAAAAGCUAACCAAUGGUGAUUCCAUCUCCUGCGAUGGCCAUGUUACUGACCAGCACUGUUUGACAAAGGGUGCUGGCUGCCUUGCUUCUGCUGGGUGCAAUCCACAUGAGUGAGAUUGGUCUGCAACCUGCUAGGAUCAGACCACCACCAGUCUCCAGUUCCAGCUCCUACCUGCCUAAUGGAAUUCUGAAGUGCUGUCCUGUUGUAGCACUGCCCUACUGCCUGCACUGAGAUGAAGGUGUACCCUGGCUGCUGAAGAACUUUUAGGUGCACUUGCAGAACCCUAGUGACUCGUAGCACAUUGCUUUAGCCAUACAGAAUACAGGACUAUAACCAGCCCCUAGAAAAGAGACUGUCAAUAUCUGGAACCACUUGAAGUAUACAGCCAUGAGGAGUGGCCCAAGGGAACAACAGUAUUUUGCAACUAGAAGACACUCAAACAGCUAAGAUAACACAUGUGGCUUGACCAGACCCAGAGCUUUCCUGAGCAAGCUGAAAAACCUCACCCUGAGGGGUGCAGAGAACUCUCUGAAAGGGCUCUUGUGACUGCAGAUGGUGCUUGCUCUGUGAAGACACCUCACCCCUGCAGCUCCCCAGAGCUCCUUAGCUUGCUUGACUGUGGCUCCUGGUCCUUGACUUUGGCCUCUGGCUCCCAACCAGAAAGAAGAUACUCUCAGUGGUUAGAGCUAUCCAGAGUCCAGCCCUCAAGAGAGCUCGAAACACAGCGUUACUUCUCAUCUGAAGGCCUCCAGAGAGAGAUAUUCUAUCAUUCACCAAGGGCCUGGUGAAAGAGGAGAUAAGUUCUAUUGCAGAAAAUGAGCACCGGGUUCCUAGUGCAGUAACACCACUAAGCAAGGGCCCUGACGUCACCCCAGCCACUAACGGUUAAGGUGAACGAGCCCUGCCCUCUGCCCUGCCUGCAGCUGCACACAAGCUGCUGACUUGGGAACAAACGCCGUACUUCCAGACUUCACACUUGAAACAACCUAGGCUGGAAGGUUUUCUGGUCCAGCCCCACCAUGUGACACCAGACUCAGCACUCCUCCACCACGGGGACAGGCACUGCUGCAAACUGCACUCCCAGCUAGAGGCAGCGCAGCUGGUCCUUUGGGUUAACUAGAGCUGGGAUCAGCACUUCUCCUGCAGGAACUGGGUGCCAGGCAGCUGCAGCCAGGGUGGGGUUGCUCCCCACAGCAGUUUGGAGCACAGGUACAAAAAGCAAACCAUUAGCACAAGUCCUCUCUUGCCCAGCCAAAAGUAAAGGCAGCAACUCUAAGUAGCAUUGGAGUUUAAUUCUGCUGCUGCCUGGCAUGACGGAGGAUGAGGAGUGGGAUGGGAGCUGCCUGCACGGAUGCUGGGAACCCCUGGUGGUCUUUGUGCUGAGAGUGACCAGGGUUUCUGUAUUGGUUUUGCUCUGUGAGAUGUGACUCACACACUGCCCUUUCUGCUCCCAACCCCUGCCAGCCCUGGCUCCUGAACCCAGCACCUCUUCAGGCCUGGGCUAGCCCGUGCAGAACAGCUCCCUGCCGCAUUUGGCUGGAUCACCUUCCCCUUUGAUGCUCUCAAUUUGGGAUGCCAGCUAAGUUAGUCUGUGCAAUACUCUGGGAGGGGGAAAGGCAGAGAGUACCAAGCCGCCUGCUGCACUGAGUGCAAUGCCUCAUCUUGGCUCUGCAAGUGAAAGGCACGUGGGAGAAGCCAGUCGGACCCCAGGCAAAAAUGCCAAAGGAGCGGGGCUGAGUGAAUAUGGGCUUCUCAAGAGAUUAGCCCUUAUCCAAAACACUCUUACCCACCCUAAACCCAAUGACUGGAAGUCUGAAUCCUUUAGUCCUAGUUGUUGAGCAGCCAGACAGCCGUCUCCAGCGCAGGAGAGCCCUUCUGCUACGUGCUCAGCAGGAAUUAACCGUGCACAGGGCACGUGAUGGAUUUGCAUACCAUUAUACACUGCGGACAGAGUGGAGCAGCCCAAGGUGUAUGUGCUCUGCAGUGUUAGCAGAGGCACUGGCAAGGAGCAGAAAGGCCUAAUUCUACCUCUGGAGCACAAACAUUUGGAAGGUGCUGUGCAAAGAGCUGCCUGGAAAAAAAGCAAUAAAUCAAGGAAGCAACAAACUGGCACCAGCUGAAGUGAACCCAGCUCUCAGAUCUCCCUGACACUUCUUCCCUUCCAGGCAUCACACCUGAGGC